AUCCAAUUGUUCCAGUUCAUUCGGACCAGAUCAGCCGGUUGGACUGAUGAACCUGAAAAAAGAAAAAGAGUGGCGGAGGUGGUGGGGGAAUGAAAAGCAGAAUGCCAUGCUGUCCCUGUUGCCGUCUUUUGUUUCCAUUCCAUUUGUUGCUUUCACCGCAGUAAUCUUUGUCUGCCAUCGUCAGCCGUUCCACGAAGCAUCUUUCCUUCUCUCUCUCUCUCUUUCCCUCUAUAUCAGCGCGUUCGGCUCCCUCCUCGUCGCAAUUCUGUUCCCCGCCCCUUCCUCCGCUCGCCGGAAUCGGACAUGAGUAGGUGGCUCCGGCGGCUGUGGAGCGGCAGGGAGGCGAAGGCCCCCGGCGGCCAGGAGGAAGCCACGGAGAAGAGGAGAUGGAGCUUCUGGCGGCCGAGGGAGUGCCUACCCUCCGCCGCCCGCCGGAAUCCUGCGCCAGCUUUCUGGGCGAAGCGCUCCUCCGACGAGGACGAGCAGAGCCACCGCGCCGUCGCGGUGGCCGCCGAGGGGCUCCCGGCGGACGGCCGCGGGACGACGCUAUGUGCGGCGGCGGUCGUAAUCCAAACAGCGUUCAGGGGAUUUCUGGCACUGAAAGCACUCAAAGCGUUAAUCAAGCUGCAAGCUUUAGUGAGAGGCCAUCUGAUACGUAAACAGGCAGUGACGACGCUUCGCAGGAUGGAAGCUCUCGCUAGAGCUCAAGCCACCACCAUUCGAGCUCGAAGAUCCUUAGAACGCCUAUCCUCGAGCUUCGACAGCUCCUCGAAGAUUGUCGAGAUGGAUCUCAAUGCAUACCACGCGAGACGCUCCCCUGCUCUUGGCCUUACGGAUGACUCUCAACUUCUGGCAUUCUGCUCACCGGUUCCACGUCGAAUCGCAAUCCCAAACCGAAAAAACUACCACCAAGAGAAUGAUUGUGAAUGCUGGUACGCGGAAAAUGCUAAAGGCCGAUUGCCUGCCACCGCACACAACACGCCCAAGUACAUGAACGUUUAUGGCAAUGGAGGUGGAUUUGUUCGGGCGAAGAGUGUGGCGAGCUCGCCCAAGUUUAUGGCAAGCACACAAUCCUCUAUGGCAAAGCGUUGGUCGUGUCAAGGUAGAAUUGAGGAGUCGAGAAGGAGGCAGCCUUUGAGUGAGGUGAAUUCUUGUUGUCAUGUCGAAGAAGAGGGGUUUAGUUUCAAGAGCGUAGUGGUUGGAAGGCUGGAGAGGCCAUCUUCAGAGCACUUGGUGAAAAAGAAUUGAUGAUACAAUUGCUUCAAUAUCAAUGGUGUUUGUGUAA